AUGAUCUCUAUGAACGGAGACCAGCCGUCUUUGAACUUUCAUUCCCUCCUAAAGCUUAUAGACAUGUUCCAUACUCAUGAGGCCUCCGAUCCGCGCGACAAAGUCUAUGCACUCUUGAACUUGGCCGUCCACGAUAAUCCGGCCCAGCUGUUGCGGCCGGAUUACGAACUCUCCUGGAAACAGGUUUUCCGCCAACUUAUUGAAACAUUCGUCAGUAUUGAUGAAGAUACAAAACUACACACCUGGGACGAUCAACGCAUUGCUAUGAUUCAAACUGAAGGAGGGUUACUUGGUCAUGUUACCGAAGCACGAGGCAACAAAGAGAUACAAUCAAUCGGAGUAGAAAUUUGGGAUACUACGCCCGUCAGAUACCGCGGCCGCCUUUCAAAAUACUUCUCUCAGGGUAUCAAGAACUUCAGGCUCUCACGUGGAGCUAAGGAUAUCUGCGCUGGUGAUCUUUUAUGUGUUCUCUAGGAUACGGAAGUACCGAUCGUCGUACGACUUUGUGAUGGCCAUCUUUAAUUGAUCGCUGCCAGUUUUCCAAAUCCAGAAUUUCUUUCGAG